AUGGAUGAACUGCGCACCCAAGUCCGUAGGAUUCUCAUAGAGCAACCUGGGAAGUUUCCGCGCAACUUUAAACCUGGCCGUGAUGCUGUAUCGAAGUGUGAUUUGCCUCAAGUCUGGCAGAAUGUUGAGUCUUACGACCACUCAAGCCAUUUGAAUAGAUGCGAGAGCAUCGCUUCCAUGAUCAGUUAUGUUGAGUACUUCCAGCCAUGGUCGCCAGAGGAUGGAAGCCCGAUAUCCUUCACUCAGGAACAAAAUGAGGCGUUGAACGGGAUUUUCAAGUGGGUAAGCGCGGUCGUCCUGCCGAGCGCGGCGUUUUCGGUUGAGUUUGUACAGACCGAGUUUGACGAGCCUACUGCGGAUAUCAAACGCGCUCAGGACGAGAGCAAGUGGGAAUUGGACCUGGCCCUGCAGCUUCUGACGGUUAUGACAAAGCUUCUUUCCGGCAUGCCAGGUCGCCUGCCCGACGAGAUCGCCAUCGCCGAUUUCACUCUCGCUAUAGCGUGCACCGUUAGUCCCAAGGAGCCAUGGACAUCAGACAGUAUUCACACAGGCGCAACGCUAUUGCAGUCUAUUUGGCUCACAGCCCUGGAAGACCGGGGCGACAAGUUAUGGUCUGCUCUUGAGAUCAUCCUCAAAGAACGUAUCAAGCCAUUGUUCGCAAAAACUCCGAACCCUGCUAUCACUGCAGCCGGCCGCAAGAACUUCCAUCCUCUGUCUGUCCCAAGAUUUGACAGUAUGGAUGAGUCAAACAAGCCUUGGAAGACAACCGAUGUCUACGUUGGCUCAGCUCUGUCAUGGAUGAUAAAGCAGUACACUCCCGAGAACAAGAAGCACCUCGAAGAAAAUUUCCCUUUCUAUGUCCCAGCAAUCCUCGCCAUGAUUGAUGACAGCAAUAUUGCCUUCAAAACAAUGGGAUGCGAGCUUAUCAAAGACCUCCUCCGCAAAGUCAAAGACAGCAAAUCAGACAUCCUGCAACGAACAAACCUAACAUCCGUCUUCCAAGACGCCAUAACUCCAGUCCUUCUUUCCCUACCAUCCAUCACAGCAGAGGAAAGCUCGAUCGUCUGCCUAUCAGAAGCAUACCCAGCCCUCAUAGCUCUCUUCCAAACAGCCUACCAAAACCCCAACUCAAAGACCAAAGCCAAAGACACCCAAAAGUACUACAGCAGCCUAGCAAAAGUCCUCCGCUCAAACGUCAUCUCCUCGAUACACCACAUCAGCUCCAGCACCCCUGCCGCAGCCUCCACCCAGACCUCCUUCCCCUACCCACGUCUCUCAGCCCAAUUCUUAACAAUGACGGGCCUCUUCGUCGAGGAAUUGGGUAUCAACACCGUGAAAUACCUCCAGGAUAUCAUUCCUGUUUUCUACACCACUCUCUCGAAUCCCUUCGGAAUGGAACUUUCCCACUUUGGUCUUACGCUCAGUGCGGCGUUAGUCCUCCAAAGCGUGAUUAAGAACGGACACCCGCGUAUCUGGCGUUGGCGGACUGAGCUAUUCAGUGGAAUUUCCACGGCUUGGAUUCAUUGUGCUGAAGAUUCUUCGCGUUCAAGCGAGGAGAAAACAAUGCUGGAGAAUGAGCUGAAGGUUGCUGUUCAGAUUUUGUUCCAUGUUUUGCAGAACCCGGUUACUAUUCCUGGUGAUGAUACCCAGAAGGCACAGAUGCAGGCUAAGGCUGAGAUGGCUGCGGAUGUGCAGAAGCUUGUUGGGGCCGAUCCGGUUCUCAAGGGUCUUUUUUUCUAA